UACUACCAACGCGUGUGUGCUUCAAGUAAUUUUACAAGUUCAGCUGCCGGCAGUGUACUAGGUAGGUGCACCCUAAACAAAGCGGCGUCCGCGAAGCGAGAACACUGGAAAGCGCAUCCUCCAAGACAGAGAAAAAGUGAAAGUGAAGGGACCUCUCGUCAAUUCUGAACUAUGGAGCGCUCAAAACAGAGUCACGACAAUCAAGAUGACAGUAGACCGACAACAAACGAAAGUUCUCUAAACGGACACUUUGACGGCUUGGUAAAAAAAGACACCCGGAAUGUGGGAUGUCAAGGGACUGCCGGUGAGUCGAGUUCGCACACAGGGUCGUCAGUCGUGGAAAGCUGGAAGCAUGAGCGCACCCGAAGUAUAGAAGACAACGAGAUGAGCUUGCCUAGUCUGGCAGCUGCCUACACCACUAUUAUCCGUGGGCUCGGAGAAGACCCGCAAAGACAGGGACUUCUCAAAACUCCGUGGAGAGCCGCGACUGCGAUGCAGUUCUUCACAAAGGGCUACCAGGAGAAAAUAAUAGACGUGCUGAACGAUGCCAUCUUCGACGAGGACCACGAUGAGAUGGUGAUCGUGAAGGACAUCGACAUGUUCUCCAUGUGCGAGCACCACCUGGUGCCCAUCUUUGGCAGGGUCCACAUAGGCUACCUCCCCAACAAAAGGGUGCUGGGCCUCAGCAAGCUGGCCAGGAUUGUUGAAAUCUACAGCCGUCGACUGCAAGUUCAAGAGCGGUUGACCAAACAAAUCGCCGUGGCAAUCACUGAAGCGCUGCAGCCUGCUGGGGUGGGCGUCGUCAUUGAGGCAACUCACAUGUGCAUGGUGAUGAGGGGGGUGCAGAAGAUGAACAGCAAAACUGUGACCAGCACCAUGCUGGGGGUGUUCCGGGAGGACCCCAAGACACGGGACGAGUUCCUCACCCUAAUCAGGAGCUGAGAGGGACGGCUGGCCCACAAACCUGCUGCCCAGCCCAGCCCAGCGCAAACCCCUCUCCCGGUCGCCUGCCUGGAGCUAGAGUCAUCCACACAGCAGUCUCGGUACGAAGCCUAGAGUCCGGGCUUGCAGGGUGUGUGUGAGUUGUGUGUUUGUGUCUUUCCCUCCACCCCCUCGGUAAAGAUACUUACACCUACGUAGAAACAUCCUAACAUUAAAAUCAACGUUUUAGAAAAGUUGUUUUAUUCUUUACUUUUUUCCUGAUAUAUUUUUGCAAGAAAUCUUUAUCCAAAGUAAGCUAGGCCCAGUAGGACCAUAUAUCAGUUUUACUAAUGGUAUGCAUUUAAACUUGCCUUGAGCCAAACCUAUUCAAAAGUGCCAAGUGCCCUUUUCACAUGGCAUCGUAUUCCUGCUCAAGCCAAAUGCUUCAAACCCAUUCGUCAAACAAUCAACAUUUUGGUAAAUCUGUCAGCCUAUUACAAGGCUCAGUCCCGGUCUACUGUAAUUAUCUUUAACUAGUAAAGGUAGGAGAGCAAAAUGCUCGCUUUCAAAUUUGCUAGCUACCGCUUUAAAUACAUUAUACUGCACCCUGCAACUUCGGGGAACCAACAAUGAUAGCUUUCUAAGGGUUACUGAAUAUGUUAACUGUGGUGUUCAAAUGAUGUGAGGUAAUGUCGCUGUUAGUUUAGCAUUUUUUCUAUAACUAAAGGACGAACGUUUCUAAGGGUGCAGUUAAAGUGACUGGAUGAUAACUGGAUAGUGCAAUGAAGGAUGAUCAGAUGGGACUAAAAAGUGUCCAUAUUAGGAGCCUCAGAGUCACAAGGAGUUGAUGUCAGAGGCUGUCUUAAUAUGGACACCCUACAUUAUUCUCUAAUAGUCUCACACUAUUGUAGUUAUUUGUUGAAAAUGACACAAUAGUGCAAAUAGUUCAGAUUCACAAACGUGUGGCUGAUAUAGUCUGCUUUCUCUGUAUCCCCCAAGCGGUCAUUUCACCAUUCAGAGAGGAUUUCUAAUGGGCACCACUUUAUAUCUAUCUGUAAGUCGUGUAGGCCUAUGUGUGUGGGUAUAUGUGUACGUGCGUUGAUGGCCAGCCCAGUAUAUAUUCUGCUGACCUCUCUAUUUGCGAGCAGCCUUUCUGAUUUUUCGCGUGAUACGUAGAGUUCACUUCCGACUGAUGAAUUUGAAGAGACUAGAGGCAAAGGAAUCAGCUGUCUCCCCUCAUCUCUUGGUAAAAAAAACGUUUUACUCUCUUACCCUUCUAAUGUCAAUUCUGUUACACUUCUAAAUAUCUUUGUAUUUCGGUGUAUGAAUGCUUCAGAAUUGUUGUUACCUUUUUAAAUGUAAAAAAUAUGCUGCACUUUACAGUACAUCCCUCUUUGCUACGUCACGUAUAUUGUAUGUAUGCAUUAUCUGCAUAUGAUGUCUGAGUGCAUUCUCUGCAGUAUUUCCAAUUUCAUGUAUUAUCUCAGCAAAUUAGGGAUAUUAAAAUAGAGUAACCUAUAUGAAAAUGAUGUUAGGGUAAAUAGGUAUAGUAGCAAAGAACAUAUAUGCUGACGAGCGGUAUAUUUUUACAUUUAUUGGAAAUAUAUAAUACUCUAAGAUUUAAAUGGGGAGGUUUUAACCAAUGUGAUUUGGUCAUUGGGGUUCGGUGUGAGUGUGUGUCGGGGGUUGGAGAAGAUGAGUGCUAUUGUCAGUCAGACAGCUCCUGCAUCGUCUCUGUGACCUUCUUUAGGAGGAUCUGUUCUUUGGGUUCUUCACUACUGUCGUUUUCAUUACACUUCUUACUGUGUUCAUUUGAAAGAGUUUUCAACAAAGGAAAAUAAAUCUGUAUGUGAGAACUAUGAA